AGUUCCCCAGGUCUGUCACGACCUACGUACACACUGAGUACGAAAUCGUCGACCAGACGCAUACUGCAUUUUGGUCACUGUCUCAGUACCUUUCGUGCCUAACAGAAGCCAAUUGCUGUUCUCACUACGAUGGCGGUUGUUGACGAGAAUGCUCCACCUCAAUGCUGCUCCAUCUGUCACGAAGACAUCGAUUUCUACGCUUACGGAGCUUGUAAUCACCCAACAUGCACAAAGUGCAUUCUUAAGCUCCGAAAAUUCGGAAGUGCAGAUGAGCCAGAUUUUUCUAAGUGUCCUACCUGUCGAAGAAACUUGAACCGAAUUCUAAUAAUGGACAAAUUCGUGCCCUUCGAUAAGGUGAAUACAGCUGAGAUGCGGCACGAUGUUUCCUUUGACUUUAUGUUCCCCUCUAAAGAAAUAGAGGAUCAUUACACCCAUAUGUUGAAAUCAUUUUGCCCAGUUUGUGGCGUGGAGAUGAAGUCUUUGUCAGCGCUUAAUCGUCACACUAAUGCAGCGCAUCAAAUGUCUUAUUGUGAUCUGUGCAUCCGUUAUUCAAGGCUUCUUCCCUGCGAAUCAGUCCUCAUGACUCCGGCUGAACUAGCAGAGCAUAGGAGGUGGGAUAAAAAGAAGAAAAAGGGCCACCCACUGUGCAACUUUUGCCAGGAGCGGUUUUAUGAAUUUGAAGAUCUUGUCCACCAUGUUCGUGAUCGUCACUUUCUCUGUGAUCUUUGUAACAGCACUGGAAAAUUCGUGGUUUUCAGAGAACAAUGGGAGCUGCUUCAACACUACGGCGACUCCCACCAUUUAUGUGCGGAAUGUCGCGCACAGCAAAGGAUCUCAUGCUUCGCCACCGCUGAUCGGCUCGGGUUACACCGAUUUCAAGAGCACCCCACCGAAGUUGCAAAUGAUCCUGACCCGUGGCUUCCUGUGACCAUUAAAAUGGCACCGGUGGCUGCCGAUGAGUUGGCAAGGCGAAGAGGAGAUGCGGCGUAUGCUGGCGUUGAUAGAAUCAGUGGUAUACUCAGCUCAACUGAUGGCACUUUGAUUGCGGAGGGAACCGACACUGGGGUCAGAUUCCGUAGGCCAAAUCCAUCGGAGUGGACGGGCGACGACUUCCCUUCAUUGCACAGUGCUUCAUCCACCACGGUUGCUGGAAGCACAGGCACUUCAUCGGUUAGAGAAUCUUAUGCAAACACUACCGAAAGACAGAAGGAUACCACCACUGCGGCCGCCGCCGCAUCUGAAAAGGCCACCAACCGAUCGACUUUAGCUUUCGUCACUUCUCGUGGGCGUAACACUACGCUCACCAAGGAUGACUUCCCCAGCCUGCCUGGAUCCAGUGGAACUACUUCAGGAUUGUCGCCUGCCCGUUGGAUCAAAACCGGAUCCCAACUGAAAGAAAGUCGACCGCAGCAUGCUGUAGGCAAGGAACUGCCGAUGAAAACCCCCAAUCCGUCGCCUAUUGUACGGCCUACUUUGCAUCCCAUUCAAAAUGUUCCUGCAGCUACCGAGUUCCCCUCGUUAUCGCCACAAAGCUCAAGUCGUCGGCCCGAAUGGUCCAUCUUGCCUUCAUAUACUCCAAUCGUUAAUCAGAAACCAAAAAAGCAAGGAGAUAGUCAUGACUUUUUGCCAACACCCAUUGAGGUAAAUGAUUCUGUCCCACAAGAUCCUAGUCCCCCUAUUGUUGAUCAGAAGCCUGUUUCCAAUAGCAAAAAGAUGCCAGAACCUAGUCCUGAAGACUUUCCUUCACUUAAUCGGAAUAACUUGGGCAAUGCUCAUCCUGGGGCCUCAGAAGCGGCCGCAGGCAGGAAUACCAAAAGUUCAAUCCUUGAGACGGCUUCCAACAACACCCCCCAGCGCAAAGUCAAAGAUGUGAAACAAAAAUCAACCGUUAAAGAACGAAGACCGUUCCCCACUCAUGAUGAGAUUGACACGGAAUGCAUUGUAUUUGCUGAGGCCAAGUACACGCCGUCUCCAGACGAGAAUUCAAGGAAUCUUGAGCUCCUCAAAACAAUCGAAGCAUCGCUAUUCGAUGUCGGAGGAAAGACCACCUUCGCUAGAUUCGCUGAUCUUUCUCGUCGAUAUAGCCACAAACAUCUGACUGCAAGUGCCUAUAUGGAAGGUAUUUCUGGACUACUAUCUCCUCAUCAAGGAAGCCUCCCUAAUAAGGAAAAUUCCUCAGAUUCAACUUACGUUCCACUGUGGGUAGCACCAAUGAUCUCCUUGUUGCCCAACAUCGGACUGCAGCGUGCGCUCUUGCGGGUUUUGAAGGGAGAAGGUGCACCUCGUCUGCCUUCCACCGACAAGUCCUCAACUGCAAACAUUCGACGCUCCAAGGAGUCGAUUGUCCCCACACCUGUCUGGGCCAAAUCCGUUUUGGCGCUGUUGCAGUGUUGUCGAAUCUGUGGCCAGGUCUGUCUACGCGCUGACUUAAAGCAACAUUUACAAUUGGCUCACUCUGAAUCCUAAACCGGGUCGUUCGCGCUUUCGAAUUACCGCUGUGGCCUUAUGUGUCCCCCUUGGUACAUAUCUUCCCCACCCGAUUAUCAACGUUCGGAUAGCGGCCCCUUCGGUCCCUUCGGCGGUACUCACGAUUUGCCUUCCGUGAGGAAUUGACUUCCUCACCACGUUGAACUCUGACUUGAGCAUGUUUUGUCAACUUGCCAACUUCUCUUCCUUGACUGCAUGCAUGCACAUGGGUGAACUGUACUUUGUGAUCCACUUGCUCCGGGGUUUUUAUGUGAAGAAAGUUAAUUGCACUUAUACUGUUCAAUAUUAAACGCGUUCUUCAUUCGGUUGUAGCAUGUUGGCUACUCUGCGCAUUCGAUCGGUUGCUGUUUGUCUUCUCAUUUGAUUUUUCUUUUCGUCUGCUCAUUGGAUACCUCAUUACUCGCGGUUUUCGUUUACUGACGACGUUAUGCUUUUAUACUGGGUUCAAGACGAACUCGCUCACUC